UGAAAAUUCAGGCGUUAUUUACAGUGAAAUUUUCUCAAUAGCAUCAUUCACGGCUGACGCUCUUCGUCGGCGACUCUACUCUUCCCCAAAUCCCAUAUCUAAUAAUUUCAUAACAUAAAGUGGUAGAAAUAUUGCAUCAAGUUUCUUCCAAUUCACAAUUUCAUACAAUUUUCCGUGUUUUUUUCCUGGUGUUCUUUUUCUUUUGGAGAUGAUGGAGAGUAUACUUGCGAAAUUACGGAGCCUGGACGCGUACCCGAAGAUCAAUGAGGAUUUUUACAGCCGAACUCUUUCCGGUGGCGUCAUAACCCUGGCUUCCUCCAUCAUCAUGCUCCUGCUGUUCGUUUCUGAGCUAAGAUUGUACCUUUAUGCUGUAACCGAGACAAAGUUAGUGGUGGAUACAUCAAGAGGAGAAAGGCUUCGUAUUAAUUUUGAUGUGACUUUUCCAGCACUUCCAUGCUCUAUAGUCAGCAUUGAUGCCAUUGAUAUUAGUGGAGAGCAACAUCUGGAUGUUAGACAUGAUAUUAUCAAGAAAAGGAUCGAUGUUCAUGGUAAUAUAAUCGAAACAAGGGCAGAUACUAUUGGCUCUCCCAAGAUUGAGCGACCUUUACAGAGGCAUGGUGGGAGGCUGGAAAGCAAUGAAACCUACUGUGGCUCUUGUUAUGGUGCAGAAGUGGCAGAUGAUGAUUGUUGUAACAAUUGUGAAGACGUUCGUGAAGCAUAUAGAAAGAAAGGAUGGGCCUUGUCCAAUCCAGAUUUAAUCGACCAGUGCAAAAGAGAAGGUUUCCUUCAAAGACUCAAAGAGGAGGAUGGUGAAGGAUGUAACAUUUAUGGGUUUUUGGAUGUAAAUAAGGUAGCUGGUAAUUUUCAUUUUGCUCCUGGGAAAAGUUUCCAGCAGUCAAAUGUACAUGUUCACGAUCUGCUCACCUUUCAGAAAGAUAGUUUUAAUAUGACUCACAAGAUCAACAGAUUAACAUAUGGAGAGUACUUUCCUGGUGUUGUGAAUCCUCUAGAUGGUGCACAAUGGACACAACACACAGCAAAUGCAAUGUAUCAGUAUUUCCUCAAGGUGGUGCCAACUGUAUUCACAGAUGUCGACGGGCAUACCAUUCAAUCCAAUCAAUUCUCUGUUACUGAACAUGUUAAAGGGUCAGAAUUAGGUCAACUGCAAGCUCUUCCUGGAGUGUUUUUCUUUUAUGAGCUUUCGCCAAUUAAGGUGACUUUUACAGAGACUCACGUCUCAUUUUUGCAUUUCCUGACCAAUGUCUGUGCCAUUGUUGGAGGUGUGUUUACUGUUUCGGGUAUAAUUGACUCGUUCAUAUAUCACGGCCACAGAGCAAUCAAAAAGAAAAUGGAAAUUGGCAAAUUCAGCUGACUCAUUAUCAGGCAAUCUCGUUGCUCCUUCAUCUUGCCUAAAAUUGGCAAUCAGAAUAUAGGUCUAUGUGAGAAAGCUAUAUUUACUGGAAAAAGAAAAACUAUAUUUACUGUACUUUUAACCACAGACUUUAAACGAAGUGCGGGAUAGAGCAUGCCAAACUUCUAACUAUAGAGGAACCAGUUUUUGUUAUUUAUUUUAAGAUAUUUAUCCAGACAUAGUAAGGUACUCUUGGUAUGUGUAGCAUUUUGCUGUUGGCUUUGCUGAAGUUUGAUGGAUUUUGGAUUUUGCGUAAUUUCAACAAAAGCUGUAUCUCCAAAAGAAUGAAGUAACUCCAUUGGACGAAUAGCUCGAGUUUUAAACAGCUUAUACGAAAAAUGCUAUUAGAGGUUGAUAUAUUAAUUUACAAGAUUUGGCAGAUUGUGUGCAUAAGGUCAUC